CACACACACACACACACACAGUCGGACAGUCGCGCGCGCGCUCGGAGGAACUAGUUGUUGGAGUCGGGAGAGACGCGGCAGCACUUCAUUACGUCCAGAGCACCAGCUGUGGGGGAAUAUUCACCUGUGCGCCGGAACACACACACGCAAGGAUUGUCUUUCAUUUCAGCGCACUCCGUCUUAAAGGCGCAGCGAGAGGGGCAUUUGAAGUCUGUCGGACUCCUGCUCUGUCCUGAAGACAAACAAGUUUAUUUGUGCCUCCUUUUUUUCCUCACAAAAACUGUUCCGCGUCUGAACGGUGUUUUUUUCUUCUUCUUUUUUUCCUUUUUUUUUUGGGACAAUUCUUCCAGAGAAACUGCGUGCCUGGUUUCAUUAAGGGGACCCGCAAUUCGACCAUGGCGAGACGUGACGCCCGAAAUUGGCACGACUGCUCCAAAAUGAUCGGACUGCUCUGCUUGGUCGCGUCGAUACUCAUUCAACACGGAGUGUCUGGUCAGCGGGUGAAGGUGGAGCCAGAAGUGUUGUCGUAUCCUGGCCAAACUGUCAACCUGCGCUGCGCCUUCACUGAUGCCACUGGGAUGCAGCUCACAAUGGUCACGUGGAUCUACGAGCCGAAGGACGGAGAAAGGAUCAACAUUGCUGUGUUUCUCCCCAACUUUGAGCCCAACUACCCCGCCUCGCCCGUGAAGGGCAGAGUCAGCUUCAUGCCCAGUCCUCCGAACGUGAACAAUCCCUCCAUCGAGAUCAGCAAUGUUAGGAUGAACGAUGAGGGGAAGUACAUCUGCGAGUAUGCCACCUACCCCACAGGCAACGAGCAAGGCAUCACGUACCUGAUCAUGCUGGCUAAGCCUCAGAACUCGGCCUCCGUCGUCACAGUGGAAGCAGGUGGCACUAAGCCGGUCGUCGUGGCACGCUGCGAGUCUGUCGACGGCCGCCCCGCUGCCACGAUCUCCUGGGUGACCGCAGUCAACGGCAAUGCGACGACGGUGGCCAAGACGGGGGCCGACAACACGGAGACCAUCAGCAGCGAGUAUCGCAUGCUUCCCACACCGGCAGACAACGGGAAAGACCUCAGCUGUGUGGUGGCGCACAGGACCCAGGUCAAACCAGACAGCUUCCUGUUGAAGCUAGCAGUUCAGUACGCCCCUCUGGUGACAAUAGUGGGUUAUGACAAUAAUUGGUAUGUGGGUCGUACAAAUGUGAUGCUCACCUGCCAGGCUACCGCAAACCCUGCUCCAUUGACCACCCAGUGGAAGACGAUGUCAGGAGAGAAGCCAGACACGGUGCAGAUCACAGACAACGUGCUGAAGGUGCUGAAGGUGGACGAUGCUGUCAACACCACCUUCGUCUGCGAGGUCAAGAACCGCAUCGGGAUCGGCAGGGAUACGGUCACAGUCAUUGUUCGAGGUACUCGUCUUCCAGAGAAGGGUGCUACGACCGGCAGCAUCAUAGGAGCCAUCAUUGGAGUCAUUAUCCUCCUGGCCAUCAUUGGAACAGCCAUAGCGAUGUACCGCAAGCACAGUAGCAAAAAAGUCACCGGAGAUGGUCCACCCAAGUACAAGCCCCCUCCCCCCAAGAAGACCAACAGCUCUGCUACCAGACAGCCAAACACAAACCAUGUCCCGGCGGCCGAGGACAGACCUCUGCAGGACCAAUACUACAAUACCCAGAGUGCCGAGCCAGUCACGGACCUGGAUGCCUACCAUGACGAUGAAGCCUAUGGUGAAGAUGAGAGGGAGCAUUAUUACGCUGCUGCCCCCUCUGGCUGGGAUGAUCCCGGAAACAAUGAGGUCCCGCCUCCUUACAUGCGCACAGACAGCGACCCCCAGGACGAUCAUCAGGGCCCCAAUGUCAGUCGCGGGGAAAGCUUUGUGUCGUCCGCCAUGUUUGUGUGAGAAAACACAGAGGGGCAUACGUGUGUGUGUGUGUGUGUGUGUGUGUGUGUGUGUGUGUGUGUAAAUAUGUGUGAGUGUAUGACUGGAGAUGGAUUGAACUGCUGUGAAUGCAAAGUGUAAGAACUUGUGAAUGUGAAUUGUAUACUUAGAUAGGAAAUGUCAAGUCUGUGUAACAAAGACAGAGUUCAGUUUUGCCAUUUUAUUUCAGAAUAUUUAUCUGUGGUCGGUUUACCAGUACGAUGAAAUAAUCAGGUUCAGUUUCUAAACCACGAUCGGCUUGAGCCAGCAAGACACCAAAUGUUGCUCAUGUAUUUUAUGCACAAUCAUACAGCGAGGGAUCUAAUGAAACUGCAGAUGAAUCAAAGACGAAAAACACCAUAUGCUGUGUAUGAAUGUCAGAUCGUGAACACCAUUUAAUUACACUGUUGCGUUGCAAUAGCACGGGCAUGUUUAACACUGAAAUGACUUGCAUUAUUGAAUGCGGUCGCUAUACCGCACACGGUUGCGUCCAUGGCUUGGUGAGCAGGAACGAUGUGCUUACACGGUGCUUCUGUCUAGACGGAUCCGUCUGCUGACUUUGGUUUACAAACCCAGCUGGCAUGAAGUCGGUGUAAAACAGGCGCCCUGUGGAGAAGCUAUUAGCUGCAGUUAAUCGGGCAGCGCUGAGACUCACAGAUCAUGUAAACAGCAGUCGGGGGGGGGGGGGGGGGGGGGGGUUAACUGCAGCAGAAAUACUCCUGUGUUCAUUUUUUAUCUGAAUAGUUUUUAUAUGCAUUUGCAUCUGGCUUUUGCCUUUCUUGUGAAAAUUCAGUGAAACGUAGGUGGAAGGGAACAUUCGAGCUAUUGACUGAUGGAGCGUAAUUGGCGAGCAGCCUUCUUGCUGUAACAUUUUACUGUUUUUUUGUUGUUGUUUUUUUAAACUUGCUUCCAUCCUUCCUUAAAGCCAUAGUACACGCUUCCCAGUUGCUCAAACUGAGUAGCAACAGUGCUGUAUAUUUUGGGGGUAUCUGUUACUUGAAGACUUUUGUGCCUUUUUGUUGUUUUUAUUUUUCACUUUGUCCACCAGCAUGCUCAAAUGGAUUAGGGUAAAUCUGGAUUAUGUCCAUGAAAUCUGUUGCAAUUCAUCUCUCUAGUGGAGGAUUAAAUAGUUCUUUAGGGGGUUCAAACAGGGGUUGACACAGAGCCUGCUAGUAUACUGAUAUGUCGGUCCAUUAUCAGGGCCAGGGGGUUAAACUGUCAGUAAUACUUAUUGUGAAUUGCUUCUACUCAAUCAUAAACCCCAAACUGUUUCUGUGUAUGUUGGCGCCGUGCCAACCAGUUUAUUUGAUCAAAAAUAGCCAUGUGAGAAACUUGAUCUAUUUUUCCUUUUUCUGAAUUAUGUUGAUUUGUAUCUGUUUUGCUCCUCAUAAUUAUGUUUGGAAAUUCAUCUUGACGGCUGUUGAUUCAAUAAACAUUUAAAUGUG